AUGGAAUCCGUCAUCCUAAAGGGCAAUGCCCAGUGCAAAAUCAAGAGGCGCUACCCAGCGCCUCAGGGCGCUGUAACGUUCACCAAUCGCACAUCCGGCUUCUCGGACAACAUUCCCAUGCCUGGUUUGCCUGCGGAGUUCUCAGGAGAACCGGCUGAGGAGGAGUACGACGACUACUACGUAUGGCGCAGGAACGCUCCGUUCCUCUACGACGCUUUGCUGGUACACCGCCUAGAUUGGCCGUCCCUGGUGGUGGAUUUCGUGGCUGACGCCGUGUACAAGAGCCGCAAUGGUAUAACGGCGCACAAGGUGUUGUUUGGCACGCACACUUCCAACAGCGACGUGGAGUACGCCGUGGUCGGCGAGAUCAAGAUGCCCGUCGCGGGAGUACGCUCGAAUCUGACGUGCUGCGAGAACUUCAACGGCUUCUUCAGCUACCACAAGACGCACCGUUUGGCGGUUCUAGGGCACCCCAUGCCUUCGCUCGACAUCAAGGCGAACCUCGUACACCCCGGCGAGGUCAACCGCAUUGUGCAUUCGCCAACGAACCAGUUCCACUUCGUCACGCAUACUUGCUUCGGUGAUCUGCUGUUAUUUGACUAUUCGAAGCAUCCAUCCACACCGCGGACCACUGCGAAAGCAGCUCCGCAAGUGGUGCUCACUGGAGGUCACUCAGCGGACGGGUUUGGUGCCAGCUGGGCUGACGACAGCAAAAUCGUAUCGGUUGCCACAGAUGGAUCCGUUUGUCUGUGGGAUGUCAACGCCCCGUCUCAGGCUGUGGAGGACACGGGUAGGUACGUCGACGGCACCAAAUGCGUGCGUCCCGUCACCAAGUUCGAGAUGAAGGACUCUCCCUUCAACGACGUCGAAGUGUUACCAACGAGGAAACACUUGUACAUGGCGGUAUCGGAUGACUAUGUUUCCAGGCUAUUCGACAUGCGCACUGACAAUAGCAGUGGUAAUGCGCAGGUUGAGCUCAAGAGUGAGGCCGAGGUAAACUGCCUGAGCUUCAACACGUUCAACGACAACAUCGUUGCCACAGGCGAAUCGGACGGUACGGUGUGUGUGUGGGACAUUCGCCAGCCCAAGGAGGCUAUGCUGUGGCUGAGCCACCACAAGAAGUCGGUUACGCAGGUAGAGUUCUGCCCGGCUGCGGCCGGCAUGCUGGCCUCCUCCUCCGAGGACCAGCAGGUUUGCGUCUGGGAGAUAUCGACUGAGGAAAACCUGCGGUUCAUCCACGUGGGCCAUCGGGGGGCUGUAUCGGACUUAUCGUGGCUCAAGGCCGCCUCCAUGAAAAAUGGAUUCACACUGGCCAGUGUAGGGACGGACAACGCCCUCCACUGUUUCACCCCAAACUUCACGGAACUCUGA